UGCGGCGCAUGCUCGUCGUGGAGUUCACCGGAAGUCCGAAAAUAAACAUCAUUACUCAUUUCUCACUACACGUCUCAGUCAACGCAGUCGGUUUCUUCGAGGUUUUUUUUUUCAUGUACACCAAGCUGAUUCGACCUCGCAACUCAAUUAAACAUCCGAAUAGGUCUGUGCAUCUUCUCAAGCACGGAUGCCAGGUUUUGAGCUGGAGCAGGUGGACGGUGGCAGUCCUAUAGAGCUGCCCUAUGGAGAAACUGUCCUGGGGAGAGGACCCUUUCUAGGGGUCAACGAUAAGAGAGUGUCCAGAAACCACGGCGUCCUCGAGAACCUGAAGGGCCGGCUGCGUCUGAAGCCUACACAUCUGAAUCCAUGUUUUGUUCAGACGAACAUCGUGGCUGUCCCUCAGCCGUUGGAGAAGGACCAGUGGCACUGCCUAAAGGAAGGCGACAUCUUCUCUCUAAUGCCCGGGAAAUACAUUUACAGAGUGCAUGUCAAAGAAGCCGAUCAAACCCUGAGAAACAGUCAGGGUUUUGCGGUGGAGAAGCAUUCGAGUGGACCGGCGGCACCCUCUUUAGACUCGGCCGCACUCGAAGACAGCGGCUGCAUGCCCACGACCCAAAGCGACACACUCACAGAAUAUACAGGAACGAGAGAUCCCUCACACACUCUUUCCUCUCUACAUGAGGCAAACGCAAAAAGCCAACAGGACGAGUGCGAUGUGCCACAGAAGAAGCGGAUCUUACCGGCCUGGAUGAUGGCUUCAGCCAAAGGUGAGAGCUCAGAGGUGAAGAAAACCCCUACAAAACCAAAACGAGUAGCUACACCCAAGAGGGCGGCUGGACCCAAACGGACUCGAGCCGUACGGGUGUCAUCUGAGGAAGAGGAGCUGGAGGAAGAGAUGCCCAAAAGGAAAGCAAAGAGACUGAAGAGUGACUCUGGAGAUGAGUCUGCGCCUCUGGAUGAUGCAAGCGCUCCCAAGAGCAGUAGAGUCGGAUCAGUCCCAGACGGCACGGACGGCACAGCUUUGAUGGAGCGUGAUGAUGGGGAGGGAAAAAGUGGUGGCAGGGGAGCUGAGGUCAGACCAGGAGCUCAAGCUGAAGACACGAAGACACAAGCAGAAGAUCCCAGUGAUUCUCAGGUCAGCCAGGGACUCCCGCAGGGGUCAAGGGUCACGGAGACGGAGAGCAAAACGAUCACCGGCAAGGGGAAAGCUCCGCGACGGACACCGUGUCCCUACGGCAGCUCCUGCUACAGGAAAAAUCCUGUCCACUUUCAGGAGUGCAGUCACCCUGGAGACGGCGACUAUGAGGAAGAGGAGGAAGAGGAAGCUGACGAUGACAGGCCCGAGUGUCCGUACGGCACCCGCUGCUACAGGAAGAAUCUGCUUCACAAGAAAGACUACAAACACACUAAAUCACCACCCAAGACUGCUGCUGAUGAUGAUGAUGAUGAUGAAGGGGAAAAUGAAGAUCGCUAUGAAAACAGUUUCAUUAAUGACGAGAGCGAGGAGGAAGAGGUGGAUGAAGACUCGGACUAUGUGCCUGAAUCGGGCGACAGCGGCAAAGAGGAUAUUAAACGGCUGCAGAAAGAGGCAAAAACGUUCCUCGGGAGGAAGAAGUGACUGCUCUACGAAAAUAGGUUUCACACACUAAUCUCACAACGACUAUGAAACAUCUCACACUGUCCAAGGAGGCAUAAGUGUUCAAUUAUUUUCAUGACCUUUUACCUUCACAUUUUAAGAAAUGGUUUAUUCAACCUAGAAACAAAGUACAUGUAUACACACACACACACACACACACACACACACACGUGUUGUCAAUCACAUACAAAAUAAAAGUAUUUGUUUGAAU